AUGGCAACUCCUAGUCCUCAAAGGCCGGGGCCUGCAAGUCUUUACGGACGCUUUCCUCAGUGCGGCGGCCACGCAAAUGUCCUGUUUCACCAGUCUCCCUUACUAUCACCUGACCCGUCGUCUUGUAUUUCAUUCCAACAUGGCCAUCCUACGAACACUUCUGUGGAGUAUGGAGUACCCACUGCUGUUAGUGGGAAUUCCUAUACUCUCGCGUUUCCUUCACGCGGCAGAUCGGAGGCCAUGGCCGUUUCACCUCCUCAGUCAUACGACUGCUCUCCUGAUACUGCGAUGAUUCCACCUGCAGGUGGAGGGUCUUUCGCGGUCAACGAACAUCACUCCGUCCCAUCGCCUUACAACCCGGUCACCCAGAAUUUUGCUUUGGGGCAUCCGGCGCAACCCAACGUAUCUGGCGUUUCUGCGGGGGCGCCCGCUUUGCCUUUUCUGAAACCCACCGAAAGAGGGUACAGCGCUCCAGCUGGCUGCUCCUUCCUUCGCCCCGUCCCUGCGUCUGGUCGGGGCCCUUUCACUCAGCAAGCAGAGUCGCCAGCGACAACGCAGACAGUCUCGCUUUCGAAUUCUGUCGAUCCGUAUUCUGUGCCUGCCGCCUCCGCCUGCGCCUCACCUCCUAUCCAUAGAGGGACUUGCUUCCGAGGCCAGCACCAGUUCUCUGCCGUGUCUUGUCACGGCACCGCUCCUCCAGCGGAAGCUCCGGGGUGCGGUGGGAUUCCCGAGUCCUUCUUAUGUGCACGCCCUGCUGGGCUGACUGCUGCGGAGCCGUUCUCUGCCACGGACCCGCGCAGCAGUGUUGACGACCCGCGCCCCGGAUGGGAAGCUUCUCCGCUUCCAAGUGAAGCGGGGCUUCCCACGCCUUUCUUGACGCCUCAGACUGUUUGCGGCGACGACCGCCCACCUUCGAUUUCUUCCGCUUUCCAGAUUCCCGCUGUCCACGCCCCAAGCGACAGGCUUUCUGAGACUGGCGUGCCCGCUCGAAGUGCAGCAAGCGUCUACUUUGCAUCUCCAACGUUAGAGACACCCUCGGUGACGGCCUCUAACGCUCCUGCAGGCAUUCCGGCGCUUGCCGUUUCCCCCGGUGCGCCGCGGCGUCUGGCUCAGUCUCCCUCCCCGCUGCUGCCGCCUCAAAUCUCCCGGGAGCUCCCAGUCGCCCCUUCUUUGCCUCCAAACUACACAUCGCAGCGGUCUCAGGCACCCGGCUACCAGGAGCCAGCUCCUCACUGGGCGCUCCACUACGGAGGGGCGAGCGCUGGCGGUCAUGGCCCUCGAGAGCAGGCUUUCGCGGGUCCACAGCAGCUGGGCGUCUCCGCUGCUUCGGAUGCGUCGGAACGGGGGUUUUCCGCGGCCAGUCUGUGGCAAGCAGAAGGGCAAGACGCGGCCCGAAACGGGUCCCCAGGUCUCUUUCAGUGCAGCCGACUCCCCAGCUCUGGGGUCCAUCAGAUCACACCGAGUCCCACUGCGAACCUGAGCCAGGCUGCUGGAGCGUGUUGGGAGAGCGCGGCUUCGUUCUCUCAGAAUCCUGCAGGUCCUUUCCUUAGACAAACGAGUGCGCACAGUUACGGGCUCGCCGACUGUCAGGACUCUGGGCUUCUCAAACCUGACGAGCGCCACUGCCUCGACGCGAUCCAGCGCCUUGUGAGGCAGACGCAGGACCUGCUCGCCCACAGCGAGCAGCGUGCACAUGCUGCAGCGCCGCAGCAGCUGGAGAGCCAGCCGAAAGUGCAAACUUCGGCUGCCUUCGCGGAGGGAAGACAGGAGGGAAGCUAUUCGUGGAAAGACGGCCAGGCGGGACGCAUGUACAGCGACCACGACGCGCCUGCCUCUUUCUGGGGAGGGAGCCAGGAAGCUGCUUUGACGGGUCCCAACAACCACGCACGCACUUCGAGUCUCCCAACUCAUUAUUCCGCGGAGCCUCUCCCGCAGUGUUCCAUUUUCCCCGGCUUGAGUGAGCCGGCCGCCGAGUCCCCGCCGCGUCGAGGCCCGUGGGACUGGGUACCGUGCCAUGAGUAUGGAGGCCAGAGAGUGACAGAAAGCACCGCGCAGCAAUCAAAGGGCGAUCGGUACCGCUUUCGCCCCGAAGACUGCGUGUGUGAGAGCAGGUCUGGAGAAACGUUCGCUGCAGAAAAAGAUUCAGGAACACCACCACUACGCGAAAGGGUUCGCGAGAGCCUGGCGUCCGUUGAACCCACAGGCGGAGGCCGCCGAGCGAGCCGGGACUGCGGCGGAGUGCAGAAGCCAGGCGGCAGGCGCUUCCGCGGAGAGACCAGAAGCGCGAGUGUCUCUUCUGGCUUAGGUUCGUCGGAAGGGACGAUCCGAUUAUCCCGAGAAAGGCGAGACGCUCUUCAGUGCGUCAAGGCCGUCGCCAGUGUCCCCGGCUGCCGCGGACGGGCUUCCCGAUCGCCACCCGCACCAGUCUUCCACCACGUCGUUGCCUUCUCGUCCCCCGCGCGACGUGCUUUCCCUCGCGUCGGUUCCUUCAUUCUGUCUCACAACGCAAAACACGCAAGGCAGAAGCUGCCACACGUCCUCUGCCCCCCCCCCCCGGUUCGCCCGGUGCCUUCCGCGGACCCUCCCAGCUCCGCGUACUCCGACUGCGGGUUCAAACCGACGAUCGACGGAGACAGCCUCGCGUUUUCGCGAACUCUCGGUCAGCCCGAACUGAAGCGGUCAGCAGCACACCGCAGCACGGAGAGGUCGGUGACGCGGCGCGAGAAUGGCCGCGGGGCGAGCGCGAAUCCGUCCGAGCCCCUAAGGAGAGGCGGAGCUCCUGUUGAGAACAUGGGCGCGCCCAUUGCUUCCCAGAGAAUCCAGCCUUCCGAACGUGGGAUCGGCGAGGCUUGUGCGAAUGAGCGGACAGCUGCGAUUGGCAAGCGGACGGGCCCGCUGAAGAGAGAAGAGUGCUCGCACGGCUUUCAGGCGCAGCGAGAGCUCGGUUUUUCGGGAGGAGACUCUGACCCCCCCUAA